GAAUGAGGAUUUUUGGCAGCGCACUCGGAGCUCCCGGAUCUGUCUCUUGCUUCAACAGUGUUUGGACGGAACAGACCCAGGGAUGCCCCUUCUUCCAGCCUCCGGCCACUCUCCUGUGUCUUAUCCACUCACCACCUUCAGGACCACCCUCCGGACCAGCCAACACCGGUUUUGUUGGUGUUUUUUUUUUUCUACCUUAAACUCCUUAUUGCCUAACAACCAUGAGCUCCCAAAUUUGUCAGAAUUAUUCCACUGAGGUGGAGGCUGCGGUCAACCGCCUGGCCAAGCCGCAUCUGCGGGCCUCCUACACCUACCUUUCUCUGGGCUACUAUUUCGACCGCGAUGAUGUGGCUCUGGAGGGCGUGGGCGAGCUGGCGGAGAAGAAGCGCGAGGGCGCGGAGCAUCUCCUAAAGUUGCAGAACAAGCGCUGCGGCCGCAUUCUCUUCCAGGACGUGCAGAAACCUUCCCAGGAUGAGUGGGGCAAAACUCAGGACGCCAUGGAAGCCGCCCUGGCCUUGGAGAAGAACCUGAACCAGGCCCUUUUGGAUCUGCAUGCCCUGGGUUCGACCCGUGUAGACCCCCAUCUCUGCGACUUCCUGGAGAACCACUUCCUGGAUGAGGAGGUGAAACUCAUCAAGAAGAUGGGCGACCACCUGACUAACCUCCGCAGGCUGGCCGGCCCCCAGGCUGGGCUGGGCGAGUAUCUCUUAGAGAGGCUCACCCUCAAGCACGACUAGGAGCCUUUGGAGCCC